CUGCUGUUCUGGGUUGUCAGCCCCCAGCAAAGGCUGCUCCCAAGCUGCAUGUUACUUCCCCAGGGAAGACUACAGAUGAUGGAUGCCUUCAUCUGCAGGGCUUGUGCACUGCCCACUGAGCCUGGCUGGCUCUAAUGUUCGUGGAGAGGCCAACCUAGGGAGGAUACCUGGGGGCCUCUUUUGGGGUUCCAGGCUCUCCAGAGUCUCAGAAGUCACCCCCAAAAGCUGUGAGUCUCAAGUAGGGCAGCUGAGGUAUACUAGGGGCAGGAAGCGCUUGCUGAGCCCUGGUCCAUGCCCAGGCCACACUCCUGCUGUAGAAGUGGUGAAUACAGUCCUGGAGAAGGCAGGGAGCCUAGGUAGAAAUAGAAAAGAUGGGCUCCAUCCAAAAGCCUAGAGACAAUGGAGGGCAGGUGAGAUGUGGGCCUGGAUGCUGGACAGAGGGGUACUGGGCUGCCUCCUGAUCUGCUAUACAGCUCGGGAGAGGCCAAUUCCCUCUCUGGGAUCAGUCCAGCCCAGGGACAAUCAGGGAUUCAGGCCCCAAGCCUCGGAGGGAACAAUAGAGCCCUUGAAGGCCCUCCCCCCGCAUUGUGCUUGGUGGCGAGAGGUGGCCCUGGGUCGGGCCCUGGGCUUAGCUGGCUGAAUACCCUCAGGAGAACCGGUGUCCAGCCAGACAGCAGGUGGAAGGGCUCAGAAGGACUUGUUUCCUGGCCUGGAAAAGGUCUCGCCCCCCGCCCCUAUGACCAACAUGAGCUGGAGCUUCCUGACGCGGCUGCUGGAAGAGAUCCACAACCACUCCACGUUCGUGGGUAAGGUGUGGCUCACGGUGCUGGUGGUCUUCCGCAUCGUGCUCACGGCCGUGGGCGGUGAGUCCAUCUACUCUGACGAGCAGACCAAAUUCACAUGCAACACGCGGCAGCCCGGCUGUGACAACGUCUGCUACGAUGCCUUCGCACCCUUGUCCCACGUGCGCUUCUGGGUUUUCCAGAUUGUGGUCAUCUCCACGCCCUCCGUCAUGUACCUGGGUUAUGCAGUGCACCGCCUGGCCCGCGCCUCGCAGGAUGAACGCCGCCGUGCUUCUCGCCGCCGCCCAGGCCGUCACCCGCCCCGCGCACCCCUGCCGUUGCCUCCCCCACCCCACCCCGGCUGGCCGGAGCCCGCCGACCUGGGAGAAGAGGAACCCAUGCUGGGCCUGGGUGAAGAGGACGAGGAGCCGGGAGUGGCUGAGGGCCUGGGCGAGGAUGAUGCGGCUGAAGAUGCGGGUGUAGCCAAGGGCCCUGGAGGGGACACAAAGGCGGCGGGGACCCUGGGCCCUGCAGGGCAGCACGACGGGCGUCGGCGCAUCCAGCGCGAGGGCCUGAUGCGUGUGUACGUUGCCCAGCUGGUGGCGCGGGCCGCCUUUGAGGUGGCCUUCUUAGUGGGCCAAUACCUGCUGUACGGCUUCGAGGUGCGGCCCUUCUUCCCGUGCAGCCGUCAGCCCUGCCCACACGUAGUCGACUGCUUCGUCUCGCGUCCCACGGAGAAAACGAUCUUCUUGCUGGUCAUGUACGUGGUCAGCUGCCUCUGCCUGUUGCUCAACCUCUGUGAGAUGGCGCACCUGGGCCUAGGCAGCGCGCAGGACGCAGUGCGCAGCCGCCGUCCCCUUCCCACAGCUCCCGGGCCUGGCCCCGCGCCUCGCCAGCCUCCUUGCGCACUCCCCGCCGCACCCUCUGGCCUAGCCUGCCCGCCAGACUACAGCCUCGUGGUGCGCGCGGCUGAGCGGGCACGCGCCCACGACCAGGACCUGGCCAGCCUGGCGCUGCAGGCACUGCAAGACCGGCGCGCGCUUGGGGACCUGGACAGCCCACCUGGCCCUGGGCACCCAGUGACCGCCCAGGGGGGGCCCCCAAGGGCCGGCGCCCCUGCAUCCGGGUCGGGUAGUGCCACGUCGGGAGGCACAGCUGGAGGCCAGGGCCGGUUGGGCACCAAACCCAGGGUGGGCUCAGAGAAAGGCAGUGCGAGCAGCAGCAGGGAGGGUAAGACCACAGUUUGGAUCUGAGGCCCUGCCCUGUCUGCUCGUGCCCCCCCCCCCCACAUCAGAUCACCAAGGAGGGAGGCUCUGGAGGAAGGCUGGGGGCUGGACCCAUUAAAGUGCAGAAGGCACCCUACUCUCCUCCUCAGUUGGCUGCCUCACCCAGUGGAGGGUAUCAGCUGGCUCUGCAUCACUGCCCCUCUCUGCCUGAAUACCAUCUCUGUCCAGGGUAGGAUGGGGAAGGCAGGCCUAGAACCAAGAAGAGUCCCAGGCUCUGAUCCAUGUACCCUGAUGUGUGGGUGGGAAUGUGUCUGGGGCAUGGUCCCCACUCCCAGAGCCACCCUGCUGGUCACCUCAGGGCAAGAUGCCUGAUAAGGCAGGAGCUCCACCCCCUCUUUCCCUGCAGCAGUCCCUGUGUGACUGACUGGCUAGGGAGUACCUGGCCUGGGUGUUGGGGAGUAUGAUGCUUGUCACCACUCCUUACCCAGCAAAUGGGGCUCCUUUCCUAGCACCCACACUCCCCUUGCCCACAUUCUGCUUCUUGCAGAGCUGGAGGCAAUGCCAGAUCUUCCUUGUGCAGAAGGGAAAACAGAGACCAGGGUAGGUAGAGGCCCCUGCACCCAGCCCUGACUUGCACCACCUCCUGCCUCACCCCCACUAGACCCCAUAGCAUGAGCUGCCUUGAAUGACAGGUGGGCCUGCAUCCUGCUUCCUGUUCCCUGCCUACACAGAUCUGGGGUGAGGUCCUGGAUGCGCCUGGGGUAAAUGGGACUAUGCCUUCCUCUGGGACAUACUUGAAGUUCUGAAAGAACAUUACACCCCCCUUCCCUGCUACUUGGACCAACAGGAGGUGGUCAGGGGCUGUGUCUUUGACCAUGCUGGGGAAAGGGACUCUGAGGCUCCCACCACAGCCUCUCUGCCUUAUAACCUCCUCUCCAAUUAAGACACAGUCUCCAAAACAAAGGCAGUAAAAUAAAACUAACUUUUGUUUACAACCA